GUCACACGCGCGGGUAAACUCUACCAGAAAAUCAUGUCUAUUGGUUUCAUUACUCGCUGGCUCUUGUUUAUGGUCCCUGUCGCCAUUCUACUAGCUAUCCCCAUCAUUGUCGGCGCUUUCAAUCGCGCAGAAAUUGCGGGUGUUCGAAUUCUUUGGUUCUUUCUAUGGAUUGAAGUCGUCUGGCUCGGUCUCUGGGUAGCCAAACUCGUUGCACGACUGCUGCCGUACAUUUUUCGCUCUGUUGUUGGUGUGGUGUCUGUCUCUACGGCAAAGUAUGCGACUCUCAUCAAAGCACUUGACGCGCCCCUGACGUUUCUCUUCUGGAGCGUCAUUUGCGUUGCGACAUUUCUGCCCAUCAUGACGCAGAAUCCAGAUAAUCGCAAGGAGCCAGGCGGUACAAAGCCAUGGGAAUCCAUCAUGGCAAAAUUGCUGACAGCUGCCGUGUUGGCCAGUGCCGUGUACCUCGGUGAAAAGAUCCUCAUUCAACUCAUUGCUGUACACUUCCACAAAGUCCAAUACGAGAUGCGCAUCACGGAAAAUAAAUGGGCCGUCAAUAUGUUUACAAAGUUGCUGGAACACUCUCGCACCAUGUUCCCGCGAUUUGGCGGCGACUUUGAUGAAGAAGAUGCAGUCCUGGAGCCAGGCGCUUUUAGUGGACUUCGCACCAAAGCUGGCCGAAAACAAUCGACGCCUGGAACGCCUGGUGGAACUGUGACGCCCAUGCAAUUUGUCAAUGGCGCACGACGUGUUUUGCAAGUCGGCGCAGGUGUACUCGGUGGAGUUGCGGGUGAAGUCACUGGCAAAGGAUACAAUCAGGCCGGCUCACCCUAUCAGAUUGUCGUUGAAGCUCUGCUCACUAAGAAUGCAAGCGAAGCAUUGGCAAGGCGUAUCUGGCUCUCUUUUGUACAAGAGGGCAAUGAAGCGUUACUGCCGGAAGACAUGAUUGAUGUCUUUGACAGCGCUGAGAAGGAUGCAGCUGAGGCAGCCUUUACCUUCUUUGACGAUGACUACAACGGCGAUGUCUCACUGGACGAAAUCAUCAUGAAGAUCCAUGAAGUCGCGCGCGAACGCAAGGCCAUCUCAUCCAGUCUCAAGGACACCGACUCUGCUAUUGGCAAGCUGGACAAUGUCUUUUGCUUGAUUGUCUUUGUCAUUGCCAUCUUCAUCCUAAUUGCACUUCUCGACACGAGCUUCAAGACGAUCUUGACGACUUCUGCCACUGGACUCUUGUCGCUCUCUUUCAUCUUUGGUGCCACUUGCCAGGAGAUUGUGGCGUCUCUCAUCUUUGUAUUUGUCAAGCAUCCAUUCGACGUUGCAGACCGAUGCAUCAUCAGCGGCAACACCUACAUCGUUCAGGAAAUGUCCCUCAUGUUUACCAUUCUCAAGCGUGGCGACGGAACACAGGUGCAGGCACCGAAUUCCCUCCUCAACACGCUCUUUAUCGAUAAUGUCCGUCGUUCAGCUGCGAUGCUCGAAACCGUCAAGAUUGACGUCGACUUUGCAACGUCAUUUGAGCAGAUUGAACUGCUGCGUCUGGAGAUGCUCGACUUUGUCCGCCACGAAUCGCGCGACUUUCACAAUGCUUUUGACAUUUCGAUUGACAACUUCGCUGGACUGUCUAAAAUGACCAUCUCUAUGGCAAUCAAGCACAAGAGCAACUGGCAGAAUGACGCUUUGCGCUGUCAACGACGCAAUAAGUGGAUGUGUGCGCUUGCACUCGCCAUCAAGAAGCUCAAUAUUGUCUCUGCUGGCCCUGGCGCUGGCGAUUCA